GGCCCUCUGGGAAGUGUAGUUCGCGCACACGCCGCGGGCCCGGCGUUGCGGGGAGCGAGCCUCCGCGCGCGCAGGCGCACUUCCGGCUCUGCUCAGCCUCUGCGGCCAUUGUCCGGCCCCUGUGCAGCUGAGACCGCUUUGGGCAGCCCAAAAGCAGAUCAGAGUCGGAGAGAACCAAGCCUGCAGCGGGGGCGGGAGGAGCCGGGGUGGGCCGGAGGUCAAGAAAUCCGGACCCCGCCCCGCCCCCGAAAGCGCCCCUGUCCGGGAGCCGGGCCUUGGCGAGGCAAGAAUGGCCCCGAGACCGCCGACGGCUGCGCCUCAGGAAUCAGUGACAUUCAAAGAUGUGUCUGUGGACUUCACCCAGGAAGAAUGGCACCACAUCGACCCUGCUCAGAGGAGAUUAUACAGGGAUGUGAUGCUGGAGAACUACAGCCACCUGGUUUCUGUUGGAUAUCAAGUUUCCAAGCCAGAGGUGAUCUUCAAAUUGGAGCAAGGAGAAGAGCCAUGGAUAUCAGAGGGAGAAAUCCAAAGACCUUUCUGUCCAGACUGGAAGAUCAGGCCUGAAGCCAAAUCAUCGUAUCUGCCGCAGAAUGUAUCAGAAGUAUCCCAUAGCACAGAUAAUCUCUCACAUGCCACAUUAGAAGACUCCUGGGAUGUUGACAGCCAGUUAGAGAGGCACCAGGAAAACUGGAAGAGACAUCUGGGGCCAGAGACACCCACCCAGAAGAAAAUAAUCACACCACAAGAAAGUUUUGAGCAAAAUAAAUUUGGUGAAAACUCUAGAUUGAACACAGACCUUGUUACACAACUGAACAUUCCUUUUAGAAUAGGACUUAGUGAAUGUGAGACACUUGGAAGCAAUUUGGGACAUAAUUCAGACUUACUUAACCAGAGCAAUAUCCUUGCAAAAAAGAAACCCUUUAAAUGUAAUAAAUGUAGAAAAGCCUUUAUUCAUAGAUCAUCACUUACUAAACAUGAGAAAACUCACAAAGGAGAGGGAGCUUUCCCCAAUGGUACAGAUCAGGGAAUUUAUCCUGGAAAGAAACACCAUGAAUGUACUGACUGUGGGAAAACCUUCCUCUGGAAGACACAGCUUACUGAGCAUCAGAGAAUUCACACUGGGGAGAAACCCUUUGAAUGUAAUGUGUGUGGAAAGGCCUUCAGGCAUAGCUCAUCCCUUGGUCAACAUGAGAACGCUCACACAGGAGAGAAACCCUAUCAGUGCAGUCUCUGUGGGAAAGCCUUCCAGCGCAGCUCCUCCCUUGUUCAACACCAGAGAAUUCACACCGGAGAGAAGCCCUAUCGAUGUAACCUAUGUGGGAGGUCCUUCAGGCAUGGAACAUCCCUCACUCAACACGAGGUCACACAUAGUGGAGAGAAGCCCUUCCAAUGUAAAGAAUGUGGGAAAGCCUUCAGUCGAUGUUCUUCCCUAGUCCAACAUGAGAGGACUCAUACUGGCGAGAAACCUUUUGAAUGUAGCAUAUGUGGGAGGGCUUUUGGUCAAAGCCCAUCCCUUUAUAAACAUAUGAGGAUUCAUAAGAGAGGCAAACCUUACCAAAGCAAUAACUACAGCAUAGAUUUCAAGCAUAGCUUAUCACUUACACAAGAUGAAAGCACUCUAACUGAGGUGAAAUCCUAUCAUUGUAAUGACUGUGGGGAAGACUUCAGUCACAUUACAGACUUUACUGACCAUCAGAGGAUUCAUUCUGGAGAGAACCCCUAUGACUGUGAGCAGGCCUUUAGUCAACAACCUAUUUCUCAUCCUGGGGAGAAACCAUAUCAAUGUAAUGUAUGUGGAAAAGCUUUCAAAAGGAGUACAAGUUUCAUAGAGCAUCACAGAAUUCAUACUGGAGAAAAACCCUAUGAAUGUAAUGAGUGUGGAGAAGCCUUCAGUCGACGCUCAUCGCUUACUCAACAUGAGAGAACCCACACCGGAGAGAAACCCUAUGAAUGUAUAGACUGUGGAAAAGCCUUCAGUCAAAGUUCAUCUCUUAUUCAGCAUGAGAGAACUCAUACCGGAGAGAAACCCUAUGAAUGUAAUGAAUGUGGACGAGCCUUCCGAAAGAAAACCAACCUGCAUGAUCAUCAGAGAAUUCAUACUGGAGAAAAACCCUAUUCUUGUAAAGAAUGUGGGAAAAACUUUAGCCGAAGCUCAGCUCUUACUAAACACCAGAGGAUUCAUGCACGAAAUAAACUUUAGAAACUCUGAAAUUGAAGGUGCAGAACACUUUAGCUAAAAUACUGUUCUGAUUCAGUAUCAGAGGAUUCUUACUAGACAGGAAGCUUGAGAAUGUCAGUCGUGUGUGUGUUUAUGUUGUGUGUGGAGAAAACUCUGUGCCAGUCAACAGAAUUUUGUUUAAUAAAUAAAAGCCACAUUCUCAGAUCUAAUUACAGAAUGUUGUAAAACAACUACAAACACCAUAUGUAGCCAGUUGGAAAUGAUAUGCCUAUAUAUUGAACUUUAUAAAGUUUUUGAAUAUAUGCAGGAGAUCACCAAGUUUCAACAGCUUGACUUGUAACUCCCACUGUUGACAGCCUUUUAAAAACAUAAAACUCCUGCUAUAAUAACCGACUCUUAUUUUAAAAUUGUUUGGCAACUGCACUCAAUUGCAGCUCUUACAUUAACUUCACCAUGGAAACUAAUUCCACCUCCCGGAAUUCACCAUUCAAAGAAUUAGGUCAACUAGCUCAACCACUUCAUUGUACAGAUGAAGAUACUAAAAACCAAAGAUGUGAAGUGGUUUGCACAGUGUGAUACAACCUAAAUGACAAAGCUGGAUUGAGAAUUCAGGUUUCCUGGAUCUUUGGCUCCAUGGCCUUGCCACUGAAAAGGUAUUUUGGAAUUCAGAGGGCUUUAAAAUAAUUUUU